AAGACAGUCAAAUCGCAAACGCGCGCCACUUUGCAUUUGUGUUUAAUAUUUUUGCAAUAAAUGAAGCAAAAUUAAAAGAAGAGAAUGCUGCUACUUCUGAUACUCAUUUGCGUCGCGUUAACGCUCGUAAUAAUUGCGCUCCAAUGGCACUAUACUUAUUGGCAGCGCCGUGGUGUGCCUCAGGUGUCGCCUCGUUAUUUGGUAGGGAAUAUUCAGCGCGCCGCUGGCGGCCAAGUGCAGCUACGUCACUUCAAUCAGCGUCUCUACGGAGUGUACAAAGAUAGUCACCCCUUUGUGGGCAUGUAUAUCUUCUUUACGCGCGCCGCACUUAUACUCGAUCUGGAUGUGAUCAAAGAUAUUUGCAUUAGUAAAUUUUCUAAUUUCCAAGAUCGCGGCGUUUUCUCAAAUCCACGCGAUGAUCCACUCACAGGUCAUCUUUUUCGUUUGGAGGGUGAGCAAUGGCGUGCCAUGCGCAACAAACUGACACCCGUGUUCUCGUCGGGCAACAUGAAAUACAUGUUUCCCACAGUGGUGAAAGUGGGUAGUGAGUUGGCGCACGCUUGCCGGGUGGCACUUGCAAAUAGCCCUCAAAAAGCGGAGCUAGAGCUGAAGGAGCUUUGCGCGCGCUACACCACCGAUGUCAUUGGCACUUGUGCCUUUGGCAUUGAAUGCAAUAGUCUGCGCGAUCCACAGGCUGAGUUUAGGCGACGCGGGCAUGCCGUCUUCGCCGAGCCGCGUCACUCACAACUCGUGCAAACAUUCAUGUUGAUGAAUCCAGAUUGGGCGCGUCGUUUACAUUUGAAGUUCUUUCCCGAUCACAUCAUACAAUUCUAUGUGGAUGUUGUGCGUCAGACAGUGGAGCUCCGAGAGCGUGACAAAAUCAAACGCAAUGAUUUUAUGGACUUGAUGAUCGGCUUGAAGGCAGAGGAUGAGCGGUUAGCAUUGAAAAGUGAUGGCAUUGACCUCUCGCAGGGCUUGACUCUCAUGCAAAUAGUGGCACAAGCGUUCGUCUUUUUUGUGGCCGGCUUUGAUACCUCUUCGACAACCAUGUCGCUAUGUCUCUAUGAACUCGCAUUGAACCCGGUAAUACAGGAGAAGGUACGAAAUGAGAUCGAACGCGUGCUGAAAUCGCAUGAUAACCAGCUCAGCUACGACGCAUUAAAUGAAAUGCAGUAUCUGGAUCAAGCGGUGGACGAAACUCUCCGCAAGUACCCCGUGGUGCCAUAUCUCGUGCGCAAAGCCAAGGAGGACUAUUUGGUACCCAACACCAACGAAGUUAUCGAGAAAGGUUGUCUAGUGGUAUUACCUCUCCACGCCAUACAGCAUGACCCCGAGCUGUAUUCUGAGCCGGAAAAGUUUGAUCCGGACCGUUUUAAGCCGGAAGUGGCGCACGAGCGGCAUGCAGCGGCUUAUAUGCCAUUUGGAAAAGGUCCUCGCGCCUGCAUUGGUUUGCGUUUCGGCAAAAUGCAGGCGAAAAUUGGACUAGUCAAUUUGCUACGUCACUUUAAAUUCACCAAGUCAGCACGCACUCAAGUGCCACUGGAGUUCAACGAACGAAUUUUUCAAAUAUCAGCCGCCAGCGGUAUAUAUUUAAAAGUGGAGGUUUUGCUUGCGAACAGAGAAGGUGUAAUAUAAAAUAUUUCUUUAAUUUACUUA